AAGUGAAAAGCAAAGAAAAACAUGCAGCAUGUGAGGCCCAGAGUGCUAAGUAAAUAGUCUGUGCGCCGUUAUCGUAAAUAAAGCCUGCAAAAAGCGAGUAGAUCUCUGCAGUGAAUGUGAAAAAAAGAGUCGCAAGUGAAAAUUCCAACUAAAAACCAGCAAACACACACACACACAAGACACUGCCGCACAUUCAGGCCGAUGUAUGUGUGUCGCUCUAUGGACGCAAUUUUGGUAGCAGGACAGUGGAGCUAAGGGAAUCUGGGCCCCGAGUGAAUGGUAGAGUGCACUUUGCGACUCUCAGACUCGACUUCCCCGAAAAACGGAGCAUUCAAAAUAGCACAAGAGAGAUGAUCAUCAUUGGACGCCGAUGAUGAUGAUGACAACGACGACAACGACGACGACGAAGACGACGACUGCGACUGCUCUGCUAAUGAAGAUGAUGUAAACGAAGCCAAGCAGCACACUCUCCUCUUUCUUUCCACUUUUGUGCACCGAAACGAAAGCGAAAUUUGAAAGCAAAAGAAAUCGAAACAAAUACCACCACUGCCACAUAAUAUUUCACUGAAUUGAAAUCGAAACUGCAUUCUUUACACACACACAUAUACAUAUACACAUAUCUGGGCAAUCGCCAAACGAAUCGAAAUAUGAGAUUGUCGCGGUGCUUAUCGGUCAGUGGAGACCGCCUGCUCCUCCUGCUGGCGGCCACACUAGCCAUCGCCCUGGUGCAAGCGGAGCGGGACUUUAACGUGAACGACUCUCAGGUGCCUGUCAUUGAGCCAAAGGAUGUGCCCGCCUACAAGCAGGAUCCCUAUGUGACAGAGCUGAUGGGAUGCCAGAACCAGCAGAACGAGAUUGUGCUCUCGCUGCUGCUGAAGAAGCACGACUGGAGCGAGUUGACGGCCACCAAGCGAGCCCAUGUUCAGGCCAAGCUGGCCAAGUUCUUUGCCAUACCCAAGGAGUUCAUUUCGUUGGAUUCGGUGUCGAAGCGGGAGCUCAGGUCCAUGCACAAGCUGGCCAUGAGGAAGGGUGGCAAGGGGAACAAGAAUAUCGAGACUCUGAAUCGUCGUUUGGGACGAGCCAGUUUCAUGAUCGGCUGUGGUCCAAGCUACUUUGUCAUGGGUGAACCGAUAGCCAAGCAGAUUGCCCACCAGGUCAAGGAUGGCACUAUUGGUGCUCUGACGGAGGAGAACUUUGGUCUGUGGUUUAUUUGGCGCAAGGAAUUGAAAUCCAGAUCCCAUCGCCGGCGACGUCAAUCGGAGGGUUCUGGAGCCGACGAUGAUGACUACGAGUAUGAAGAUGAGGGAGAGGAAGCUAUUGAGCCAAGCACGGAAGUGCCCGCGGUGACUACGCAUGCGCAUCGUCAUCAUCAUGGAGUGUCGGAGGGGGAUUCUGCCUCUGCGUCUGCCACUCCCUCGGUGGCCAGUGUGGAGGAGGAGAUCGAGGAGAGCGUCUCCAAGCUGGAGUCCGUGAUAAGCAAGACUAUUGAGAAUACGAAGAACAUCAAGGAGCUGGUCCCAGUGCUCGGGCCGUCGUCCGUCGAUGAGGGUGGUGCUGGUGCUGACGAUGAUGAUGAUGUAGAGGAUGUGGAACUUCAGCAAUUGGGCGCCGCUGCAGGAAAAUUCCAGGAAAAUUAUGUGGACACCACCACAGCGGCUGCCGCAACAGCCACAACUGGGAUGCCUGGCUCUGCCACGGACAUGGUAAAGUCCAGUUACAUGGAGGAGGAAGCAGGGAAUCAGGUGGAUGCCGUUGCCGUCGUAGAUGUGGAUGCUGUUGCCACACUGAGCACCGCUGAUAACACCACACCCCCACCCAUAUCGGGGUCCUUCUCUGGCGCCACACAGCACAGCAGCAGCAGCAGCAGCAAUAGCAAGCAGAAGCCAUUCUCACCCUAUGAUGCCACCUCCUCAGUGUCAGUGUCCUCCUCCUCUGUUGUGCCAUCAAUCGAAGCUGUUGAAACGUCUUCGUUGCCAUCCAUGUCCACCUCUACAUCGGCCACAGGGACCUCCUCCUCCUCAUCCUCAUCAUCACCCUCAACAUCAUCCCCAUCCUCUCACAUUGUUGCCAUCACAGACAUUGUAUUAGACAGCAACAACCAUAAAAACAACAAUAAUACUCUAACAACUUCAUCAUCAUCUGCAUCAUCAUCAUCUGCAACAACAACAACUACAACAAUCACACCAACAGCAACAAUGUCAACUACAACAACAGCAACAACAACACUGUCUGAAAUGUCGCCAAAGCCAAAUGCAAAUGAUUUCGAGCUGAGCAGCUUUCCGCCCAUCGAAGAUGUUGAAGAUGCGACAACGAUACCAACAACAGCUGCUGCUGCUGGUGAAACAACAGCAAGAACGUCCUCCUCGAGCGAAAUCGAUUCUCACGUAGUAGAGUCCACAGCAACGCACCGCACAAUUAGUUCUAAGGAAGGAGAAGCCGAUGCCAUCAGCACCCCCAACAAUAACAGCAGCGGCAGUGGAAGUGGCAAUAAUGAGCAGCUGUUCCCAGGCUCUUCAGUGCCCCCCUCUACGGUGGCCACGACAACACCUGCCACGCCCGAGGCGACCAGCACCGUCAGUACAUUCUCCUCGACGGAUUAUGUGGAGCCGCAGCCGGAGAACAGUGUCCCGAUUAUCAAGACGCGCCUGCAGAAACUGGCGGUGACCUCGGGCAAGGCUUUCACCAUGAUUGUGCCUGAGGAUACCUUCUGGGAUGCCGAAGAUCAGGGCAACCUGCGUCUAGAGCUCACCGACAAGGAUGGCCACGAGCUGAAAUCCAACUCCUGGCUGCAGUUCAAUGCCGAUAAGCGGGAAUUGUACGGACUACCUUUGGACGACACCGUGUCGCGUUGGCAGUAUCGCCUCUCUGCCACAGACUCGGGCAACGCCACCGUCACGGAGACGGUGGAGAUUAGCGUGCAACAGCACCGAGCGGUGCGGACCAUCAACCACGAGAUCAGCAUUCUCGUGAAGAUCAACGAGAAGCACGGCCACAACAUCGACUGGCAACUGAAGCUGAUCAAUGCCUUGGCUCGAACACUGGAUGAUGACAGCAGCUCGGCAGUAGUAGUACGCGAGAUCCGUCAGACCCCACAGGACCCACACAGCGCCAUCUUCGUGUACUUCAACGAGACUCUGCCGACCAGCGACUGCCCCGAGAAGGAGCUGAGCGACCUUGUUAGCCGCCUGGAUGCCCAGCGUCUGAGCGAUCUGGUGCAGCCGCUGCUGGGCAUCAAGUCGAUCACUGGCCAGCUCAUUGGAUCGUGCCAGAAGGACCUAACGAAGGUGAAGCCCACUAUGCAGAUGGCAAAGAACGUGCCGCCGAUGCCGCGCAACCAAGUGGAUCGAGUGAACGCCAGCGUAGGACAACUGCUGGUGUUCAAAGUGCCGCCAGACACCUUCUACGAUGCUAAUGAUAACGACCUGACCCUCACCCUCAAGUCCAAGGAGCACAAGGAGCUGAGCACUCGCCACUGGCUGCAGUUCGACUCGAAGAACCAGGAGUUCUACGGCAUCCCAAAGAGUGGCGACACCGGCUCCGAGGAGUACCUGCUUGUGGCAGAGGACAGCGGCGGUCUCAGUGCCCACGAUGCCCUUGUCGUAGUCGUUAGCCAUCCGCCCAAAAAGGAGUUUGGGGCCUUUUUCAAGGCCUACCUGGCAAUUCGCCAUGAGAACUUCAAUGCUGAGCUGCAGCGCAAGUUUGUGGAGCGCAUAGCCAGGGUGAACGGCGACGCCACCACCAAUCAAAUCCAGAUCCGUUCCAUCAACAUCCACCACGACUCGGACGGCACAAUCGUCAACUUCUACAACACGUCGCUGUACAAGCAUCACAACCGCUGCCCUGAGAAGGAGCUGGCGGCCACGCGCAGUGUCUAUCUGGUCGGCGACAGCCUGAGGGAUAGCGUGAAGCGGGCCUUGGGUCCAGAGCUGAAUCUAACAAACUUUUCGGUGGCUCCUUUUGGCAGUUGUCAUCAUGCCGAGAACAUAGACAUCACAAACGAGUUCGUGCCCACACGCACUGAGGAACCCAGCCAGAAGUCCACCUUCAGCGAGGAGUACUUGGCCAAUUUCAUUUUGCCCGCUGUCAUCAUUCUGGUGAUGAUAGUGCUGGCCUCUAUCGUGGCCUGCUGCCUGCACAGACGCCGCCACAAGAGUGGUAAAAUGGAGCUGGGCGACGAAGAAGAGCGCAAGUCCUUCCGGGCCAAGGGCAUACCAGUCAUCUUUCAGGAUGAGUAUGAGGAGAAGCCCGAAAUCGGCAACAAGAGCCCCGUAAUACUCAAAGACGAGAAGCCACCGCUGCUGCCACCGUCCUACAAUACAUCAAACAUGAAUGGCGACAAUGAUGUGGAUGAGUAUGUGCCACCGCCGGCUGUUGUAGUCGGCGGUCGGGAGGUGCGAGGGAAGUCACCCGCCACGCCCUCCUAUCGCAAGCCACCGCCAUAUGUAUCGCCAUAAAUCAUUGUCAAGAAUCAGCAGCAAACGAAGCCGCAACAGAAACCGAAAGAGCAACAGCAACAAUAAUAACAAUCGCAUCGUAUUAACCACACAAUCUAUAUAUAUAUAUAUAGAUAUAUACAAUCAUACAUAUAUAUAUAUAUACAUCUACCGAUUUGGCACAACUUAUAUAUGCAACUAAGCAAAACUCUUUUGUAUAUAUCCAAGUGCGAAUUGGUUUCUUUUUGGACUAGCUAUUCAAAUGGAAGCAAAGGAUAUUCCGUGAAUGAAUAGAAAGGAUAUUCCAUAUGGAAGACGAAGGGUACGGUACUCAAUGUUGAAGAGGCAGGACGAUGUUUUGUAUUAAUCACGAAAGAAAAACAAUCAAUUAACGAUUUCAGUGCGAACAACUGACAAACUUUGUAGCUUAAAGAUCGAACACCACAUUUGAAAAACACUAAACAAAACACACUAUUCAGCAUAUUAUUUAUUUAGUAUGUACUCUAAUUUAUAUGUAUACCACGAGCCGCGAACCACAUCCACAUCCACAUCCAGGAACACGAAAUGGAAUGAAAUUUAGUAGACAAGCAACUAGAGCUUGAAAAGCAAACCAGCACACACAUACACGAGCCCAUUUUAAGCAUAGCAUUUAAACAAUGGUAAUACUAUUGACUAAGUUAGGCGCAAGACGCCUAGAGCAUGUCCCUUGUCUGGUUUUUAAGUUUUAUACCGUAAGUGAGUUCUAUGCAUGCUUAUACACUUAUACAGGAGUUUCCGCUUAAUAUAUGCUUAAGCAGAAUCGUUUGCAAAAAUGUCAGUUUAACUUUUUAUUAGCGGAACACCAGCCGCACUGGAGAAGCACUUCCCCGGCUGCUUGAUGGGUUACCCAAAGAAGAGCUUAGUAUUUUAUGUUUUAUUUGCAAGGAAGAUAAGCAAAAAGGGACAUGCGAGGAGGAGCUUUGAUUAUCUUUAGUUGUAAGAACGAAAACAAGCCCACAAUAGAGCUGCCAAUAUAAAUAGGAUCGAAAUUGCCGGGUUUUCUUAAAUACAAAUCAAUUCCUAAAUGCCCACAAGUGCUUCCCACAUACAAACAUACAAAACCACACACACUCAACCAACAAACCAUAUCCACAAAAUACACACACAAAAACUAAUUAUAUACGAGAAGAUUACUUAAAGUAGAAAUUAGUUUUAACAAAACAAAUGAUUUAUACCAGCUCCCCAAACUGGACCAUUGUUCACUGUCCAUUGCCCUGUGCUACAAUGGUGCGAGUGGAGUUUUAUUGUAUUUAUUUAAGAACCCAUCAAUUGUACUAUCUGUAGCACGUAGAAUGAAAUUGAUUUUAUACGAUGAAGCCCCUCCAAAAGAAUCCAUAAGUAAGAGCAAUAAUUGCAUGAAAAGAAAUUGAAUUACUUUACUCGUACGUAAAUAUGAGGAACAAUUGCCUAUUAAAUUAAGUAUAAUUAACUGAUUUGCAUAAGGCUCAAUCGCCGAGCUGAUUUACAUGAUUUACAUUUUGUAUUUGGUAAUAGAGCCACGAAAAGCCACAACAAUAGCAAUAAUAACCAAACAAUCAACAACAGCGGUAUCAAUUUAUUUUGAAUAAAAAAAAUGCCAAAGAUACA